AGCGCCGCUCGUGCGUCGAUGCCAUCUCACGGUCACUGAUCAUAUUUUGUUGUGUUGUGUUGGAUUCAUCUCAUAAUAUUCUCUACGGGUACACACACACACACACGCGCGCUGGUUAUCGUGUGUCUCUCUGGGUAAAAGCGGUUUAACUCCGCCCCGACAGCUCCUCCAGUUGACAGGCUUGUGGUGAAUGUUUGGGAUUGUUGUGAUGGGAGGCCGCGGCCAUCUUGGAUCAGCGGAGCUGAGAGGACUGACGACGCGCGCGGCGGAGCCAGUCAGCUACCGUUAGCUGCUCGGAGAGAUUAAGCACAAUCUGUGUCGCUGUGCGGUGCGACUAUGCUUUAUAGACGCGGUUUGUCUUCACUAGCUGCCACUCCGAGUGCGUACAAUGGGUACAAACUGUGUUAAGGGGGUAACGUGUUAACUCUGGAGGAGGAGGGCGGCGGCGCAGAUCCUCAGUUUAUGUUUGUUUAACAAUUUUCUGGAUAGAGGAGUUACUAUGAAUGGAGGAUAAAUGUUGCCAAAGGCUGACAGCAGCAGUUUCGUCCUCUUCUCUCUCCUCUUCGUCCUCACGUUAACGGACCCACCACGGACAGGUCCGCGGCUAGCUCUGGCAAGAUUAUUGUCAGAGCAGCGCUGCAGCCCCGGGCAGUUCGCCUGCCGCAGUGGGAAGAUGCAGUGUAUCCCGAUGUCCUGGCAGUGUGACGGCUGGACAGCAUGUGAGGACAAGAGCGACGAGAUGGACUGUCCCCCUAUAAAGGAGGAGAGGUUUCGUUUCGGUAAGGGAUACGACCAGGUAGAAGACGUCAUCGGUGUGGCUCAGCCUGUCCGCUUCAACAAGAAAUGCCCCAGUGGGUGGCACCACUACGAGAAGACGGCCAGCUGCUACAAAGUGUACCUGAGGAACGAGAACUACUGGCAGGCUGUCGACACGUGUCAGAAAGUCAACGGCUCGCUGGCGACUUUCGUUACCAACGAGGAGCUGCAGUUCAUCCUGAAGAUAGAGGUGGAUUUUGACGACAAAGUCUGUGAGCGCAGAGACCAGUGCAAGUUUUGGGUGGGCUACCAGUAUGUGAUCACCAAUCAGAACCACUCUCUGGAGGGCCGCUGGGAGGUCGCAUACAAAGGGUCCAUGCAGGUGUUUCUGCCACCCGAGGGUUUGACCAACUUUGGGGAGGCGUCUCCCACCCAGGACAACGUCUUCUGUGCCCAACUGCAGCGCUUUCAGAUCAAGAGCAUGAAUGAACGAGGUCUGCACAGCUGGCACGCUGAGAACUGCUACAAGAAGUUCCCAUUUCUCUGCAAGAGGAGGCAAACGUGUGUGGAUAUAAAAGACAACGUUGUGAAUGAGGGCUACUACUUCACCCCCAAGGGGGACGACCCGUGUCUGAGCUGCACGUGUCACGACGGCGAGCCGGAGAUGUGUGUGGCGGCGUUGUGUGAGCGUCCGCAGGGCUGCCAGCACUUCCGCAAGGAUCCCAAAGAGUGCUGCAAGUUCACCUGCCUGGACCCAGGAAACAGUCUGUUUGACUCGAUGGCCAGCGGGAUGAGACUGAUCGUCAGCUGUAUCUCGUCCUUCCUCAUCCUCUCGCUGCUGCUCUUCAUGGUGCACAGACUCCGUCAGCGGAGGCGCGAACGCAUCGAAACUCUGAUCGGAGGAAACUUGCACCACUUCAACCUCGGAAGACGAGUCCCAGGCUUUGACUACGGCCCGGAUGCCUUUGGCACCGGCCUCACUCCCCUGCAUCUGUCCGAUGAUGGAGAGGGAGGAGCUUUCCAUUUCCAAGAGCCUCCUCCGCCGUACGCAGCCUACAAGUACCCCGACAUCCAGCACCCUGACGACCCCCCUCCUCCGUACGAAGCCUCCAUCAACCCAGACAGCCUCAUCUACGUGGACCUCGGACACGGGGUGUCCCUGGUGCCGAGCCAGAUGAACGCCAUGGUGGACGGGCUCCAUGCAGCUAUCCCCAACGCCUCCGGCCCCGCGACCGACUCGACACCGCCCUCUCAGGAGCGGGAGGACUCCAUAGAUAGCAGCACUCUCCUUGUGGGGCCCGACACUCCGACAGAUGGCCCCGCCCCUGCUUCCGCGCCCGCAGACUGCGCCUCCACCCUCAGCACCGUUGUAUAAGGACCGCGGAGGGAGCUGCAGACUGUGGAGGGAGUUAAAGUUUGUACAGACACAACAGAAUCCUCUUUCUGAAGACUCUCCUGCAGUUGGCCUUUUGAGUGUUUUUUUUUCUUCCUCUUUUUUUUUUGAACACUGGCUUCUGAGGGAGCAGAGACAACUGUUUCUAUACAGACUCCAUUGUGGCCGGGAAGGCUGCACUUUUACUUUUAGCAUCGACUGAGCAAAGCUUUUUGAAACAUCUCAGAGUUGUCCCGAUCGGUCGAGCGGCCCUUAAUGUAAAUACCCCUUCAGGUCUGUGCCGGUCAAAUUUGUUAUACUCGUGUGUCACACAGUCCAGCACAAGAAUGACAGACGGACGGUGAAUUCAGCUAAUGUUUCUUCUUGUGCGUCUUUUCAUUUUGCAUCUUACCGUCCAAAUGGACGUUUCUGUGUUGAUCCGACGGUCUCCAGGCUACAAUAAUGUCCUCAUCAGCCCCAUUUCUACUCGCUCAGAGAAUCUACGGCCCCCCCUCCCUUUCUUAUUAGUCUGAUACAUGAAGCUGUCUUCCAGGUUUAUAGCGCGUAUUUGCAGCAAAUGUUUUGUAAUUAAGGGGUUUCAACCUUGCAAGAGAGUACGGUUAGUUUCCUGCUACAGUGGUUUUUACUAGGUAAUGUUCCAGGAAUGUUGUGGUACUGAUAAAUAUCAGAGUUUGUUCUUUUUGAUGAUAAGUUAUGACUGCAGGCUGUAAUCGUGAUUGUUUUAUUGUGAGAUGGAAACAGUCUGAACUCCCCCGGGGAUCAGCGAGCAUGAGCGAUGAAGCUUUUCGAGUGUACGCGUGAAGAUUAGAGACGAUAUCCUGUCAUUUAAUUUGAGAAAAUCAAUAUAUUUAAUCAAACGGACCCGUUUGUUGUUAAUCAUCGACUCUUAGCAGCAUAGUUGUGUAUUUGCAAACUGAACCAUGUUUAGGGAUUCAAAAACUACAAUUUAAUUUGUUUUUGGGUUUUUUUUUUUGCAAAGAAAUGAGUUAAAUGUCACAUUUGGAUGCUGCCGCUCCAUCUCUGAUGUGUUUGUUUACAUCGGUCAUCUCGGUUGUUUCUGUUCGCUGUCGAUGGGUCUGUCGACGUCCUUGUUUUUCGGUGGGAUUGCAGUAAAAGAAAUAUUGUAAUAAAGAUAAACUGUAUAUUUG